CAAUUAUGGCUACUCCCCUCCUAGCCGCGUCGGCUGUGUUGCUCUAUGCAGUCAGCAUACGACCAACACGACACUGGCAGCGCAAAUUCGAAAUUGGAAUAUAUUAAUAAAUAGUAUGGUACUCUUUGCUCAGUACACUUUUUUGUUUUCCAACUGUCUAUUCACAACAAGUGGUAUCUGAAAGUGUGGGCGAACAAUCGUAAUAUUUUCUCACUUUUUUUUAAUAAUUUCCUGAAGUUAGUAAAUUUUCACAGCCAUUUCCGUGUACAAACACAAUGCCAAGGUGUUUUUAUAACUCUGUGCGACAAAUAAAACAUAAUUUCAUACACGAAACAGGUAUAUUUUCCAAAGAGAUGGAACCAAAACCACCUCGCGUCUUCAAAACCAACUUGAAACGUCAGAAGGUCCUCUUGAAAACGAACGAGACAUUGUACCACGACAAAGUGCCAAUCUCAACCAGAUUCUACUUACAACUGCUGAAGAGGAGCCAAUUUUUGGAGCAUUUCGUGACAACGGAGACAUACGAAUACGCUGCGGAGAGCGAGCGAGCUGUGACGUCACCGGAGUUGAGAAAACAUAGUAACGCGAAAAAAGGAAUAGACAAAACGAACUAUAAUUUAAGGUCUAGUGAAGGAAAAUUGGAACGCAAAAUUUGUAAGAAAAUAAAUGAAAAAGCUUUGACUAAAAAACGGAAAAAUGUUACUGGUCGGAAAGAACCCCUAGCGCCAAUUAUAGAGGAAAUAAAAAGUCGUGAGCCGUUAAAAUGUAAUCUCAACAAGGGUGGUUCAGAGAUACACAAAAUAGCUGAGAAAUUAAAGAACAUGGUCAAAGUUAACGAACAAACUGUGCUCGACAAAGAGUUGUUGACUUGCAAAGAGUCUUUUGAUUACGAAAAUUUUGAGAUUGAUGUCAAGAAGAAAGAAGAUGGUCAUGAAAAUUCAGAAGGAGGAGAAUUUCCCAAUGAGAGCACAGAGAGACGUAUAACUCGCCCUUGCCACACUUGCUUGCACUGCGGCAAGACUUUCGACCGGCCCUGGGUGUUGAAGGGCCAUUUGCGCUUGCACACCGGAGAGAGGCCAUUCCCCUGCCCACAUCCGCUGUGCGGCAGGACGUUUGCUGACCGGUCUAACCUCCGCGCUCACCAGCGUACCCGGGAGCAUCACUCGUGGCAGUGGCGCUGCUCAGAGUGCGGCAAGGCGUUCAGCCAGCGGCGAUACCUUGAGCGACAUCGAGCCGAUGCCUGCAGGAAAUACAAGAUGCACACACGCAACACCAAAAGCGUUGAAGCACACAGCAAACCGUCGAAUACUGCAAGAGACCUGACCCACCCGGUGCCUCUAUACGGUAUGAUCCGAUCCCACGCUGACCAGAAACCUAACCCUGAGGAGUGCAAUGGCGGAGAUUAUCUUCAAGAAGGUCCUAUUGAUCUGUCAGUAGGCAAGAGAUGUGAAGAUGAAUGAAUAAGUUUAAGUUUAACUGAGUUUGUGACUAAUAUAUUUUACGAUUUGAAGUAUAAUGAGAUGUUUCUUUUGCGGUUUUCUCAAUACCUUCAUUCGUACCUGGUUAAAGGCAGAAAUCAAUAUAUCUUUAUUCAAAUUGGAUGUAUAGUACAACACUUUUGAAUCGUCCAAACAUUUUUUUCCCUACCACUCGUUAUUGGACAUAUUUUUUAGCUGCGGAGAAAAACGAGCGAAAAGCUCCACAACAUUAAAAGCAUAAUGUAACAACAUUUACAAAUUAUUAUGUUGUUACAACGUCAAUACAAUCAUGAUUUAUUUAAUAUAGAAAACCUGUAUGCAUGUUUUAUCUAGGAAAAAAUGUUGAUAAAAAAUCUCAAUCAACAAAUCUGCUAAUGAGCAAAGGUUUUAAGUUUUAGAGAAGUUUUCUAAUUCUAAUUUAUUUAGUUUAUACCGGGGCAGAUGUUUGUGUGAUGAAUACGAGCAUUUGUACUCCAGUCAUGUAUGUUUGAUAUGUGUUUCUAUAUAAAUAUACUUAUAUAUGUAUCAGUAUAUGUAUUCUAUCCGUUACCCUAGUAUCCCAUAACACAAGCCUUACAGUGCUUACUUUGGGGAUAGGCUAAUUGGUGUGAGUGUUGGAAAUAUUUAUUUAUUAUUAGCGGCCGCCCGCGACUUCGUACGCGUGGAGUUAAAGUAGGUUUAUUUCUAAAGAUACAUUAUUAGUACAUCUCUACACUUAACAGAAUAACAACAUUCAAAUAUACGUAAUCAGAUUACACGUUGUUACAGAAUGCGUUGAAGAAAUAAAGGUUCACUGCUCGUUCCCCGUAGGCGAUAGCGUGAUAAUAUGUAGCCUGUAUGUUGACCCGACUUCUUAAUAAUAUUCGUGCCAAAGGAGAUUGCGCAAAUUGGCCCAAAUGUACAAAAAAUAUUGACAUACACGGUAAUUCUUGGCGUAAUUUAUAAUUUAAUUUACAGUCCUUAGAUUUCAACGGACACCUUUGUAUAAUAUAUUUACUUUAAAAAGGACUUUUAAUUUUACCGGUUUGGAAAACAUACGAAUCAUUUUUAAUGGCUAUGGGUGUAGUAACAUUCAGCCAAA